AUGACUAAAAUUAAGCAAAUCCUCCUCGACUGCGAUAACACGCUCGCCCUCUCAGAGCACCUCGCUUUCGAAGCCUGCGCAGACCUGACCAACGAGCUCCUUCAGAAAUACAAAAUCGAUGCCACCUACACGGGCAAGGAGCUGCUGACGGAGUUCGUAGGGCAGAACUUCCGCGGCAUGAUGGUCGGCCUGCAGAAGAAGCACAACUUUGACAUGGACCAGGCCGAGCUGGAGCGCUACGUCAACAUGGAGGUCGACCGCGUCACCGCAAAGCUGCUCGAGAAGUGCGAGCCCUGCCCCGGUGCCCCCGAGAUGCUCGAGUGGGCCAAGCAGAAGGGCUACCCACUGGCUGUCGUGUCCACUUCUGCGAAGCCCCGUGUGGUGGCCAGUCUGAAGAAGUGCAACAUUGACAAGUAUUUCAAGGAUGAGCAUGUCUGGAGUGCAGCUACAUCGCUCAACCCCCCGUCAUCUAAGCCUGACCCCGCUGUGUAUAACUUUGCCAUGAAGGAGCUGGGCGUGAAGCCCGAGGAAUGCAUCACGGUUGAGGACAGCAAGAGUGGCGCUACGGCAGCCAUGCGUGCUAACAUUCCGUUCAUCGGCUACGUAGGUGUCUAUGGCAUCGAGGACGGCAAGGAGAAGAUGGAGCAGAUGGCAAAGGUUCUGACGGAGCAGUGCAAGGCUGCUGUCAUCAUGUACGACUGGAAGGAGUUUCCUGAGUGCUUGAAGAAGAUCGAGGAGAGCUCUUAG